GCUGCAGCCUCGGACCCGUCCGCCGAGCGAGUGCCCGCCCCCAGCCCUGCUCUCAGCGCCCUGCGCUCCAGCCGCCGGGACCGCGCCCGCUGGGGCCUUGCGCACUCCGGGCCGGCGAUGAGCGCGCGGAGCCGCGAUGAGCGCAGACAGCAGCCCUCUCGUGGGCAGCCCGCCCGCCAGCUAUGGGACCCUGACGAUCGGGACGUCGAUCGGUCCCCACAGCUCCUCAGCUUCAUCCGUGAGGCUCAGUGGCUACUGUGGCAGUCCCUGGAGGGCCAUCGGCUAUCACGCCGUGGUCUGGGUGCUGGCUGGGAUCCCCUUGCUGCUCUUCCGCUGGAAGCCCUGGUGGGGGGUGCGGCUGCGGUUGCGGCCCUGCAGCCUGGCCCACGCCGAAACACUCGUCAUCGAAACAAGAGACAAAGAGGAUAGUUCGUGGCAGCUGUUCACAGUCCAGGUGCACACAGAGGCCAUCGGCGAGGACAGCCCAGAGCUGUCCCUCCAGGCAGAGGAUGGCCGCAGCGAGGUGGCCGUGGGGGCAGUGCCUAAGGCCACGUGGAAGGACACAACCCAGCUCCAUAGGAGGGAGGAGGCAAAGCGGGUGGUGCGGUAUUACCUCUUCCAGGGCAGGCGAUACAUCUGGAUGGAGAUCCAGCAAGCCUUCCUUCCAGUCAGCCUGCUGGACCGUGGCCAUACCUGUGAUGACAUUCACGGCUCCCGCUCUGGCCUCAGCCUCCCAGACCAGACUGUGAGGAAGAAGAUUUUCGGCCCCAACGUGAUCAGCAUACCAGUCAAGUCCUACCCACAACUCCUGGUGGAUGAGGCGCUGAACCCCUACUACGGGUUCCAGGCCUUCAGCAUCGGGCUGUGGCUGGCCGAUCACUACUUCUGGUACGCCCUGUGCAUCUUCCUUAUCUCCGCUGUCUCCAUCUGCCUAGCCAUGUACAAGACCAGAAAGCAAAGCCAGACCCUGAGGGACAUGGUCAAGUUGUCCAUGCAAGUGCACGUGCGCAGGCCUGGGGGAGGGGAAGAGUGGGUCAACUCCAGUGAGCUGGUGCCUGGAGACUGCUUGGUGCUGCCCCCGGAGGGCGGGCUGAUGCCCUGCGAUGCUGCCCUGGUGGCUGGCGAGUGCAUGGUCAACGAGAGCUGUCUCACAGGGGAGAGCGUCCCGGUGCUGAAGACAGCCCUCCCAGAGGGGGACAGACCAUACUGCUCAGAGAUUCAUCGGCGGCACACUCUCUUCUGCGGGACCCUCGUUCUGCAGGCCCGGGCCUACGGGGGACCCCAUGUCCUGGCGGUGGUGACCCAGACAGGGUUCUGCACAGCUAAAGGGGGCCUGGUGAGCUCCAUCCUGCAUCCCCGGCCCAUCAAUUUCAAGUUCUAUAAGCACAGCAUGAAGUUUGUGGCUGCCCUCUCUGUCCUGGCUCUUCUCGGCACGGUCUACAGCAUCUUCAUUCUGCACCGCAACCAGGUGCCUGUGAACGAGAUAGUGAUCCGGGCCCUGGACCUGGUGACCGUGGUGGUGCCGCCCGCCCUGCCGGCUGCCAUGACUGUGUGCACGCUCUAUGCCCAGGGCCGCCUGCGCGCACAGGGCAUCUUCUGCAUCCACCCGCUGCGCAUCAACCUUGGGGGCAAGCUGCGUCUGGUGUGCUUUGAUAAGACAGGCACCCUCACUGAGGACGGCUUGGAUGUGAUGGGGGUGGUGCCCCUGAAGGGGCAGGUGUUCCUCCCACUGGUCCCAGAACCCCGCUGCCUGCCCAUGGGGCCCCUGCUCCGAGCGCUGGCCACUUGUCAUGCCCUUAGCUGGCUCCAGGACAUCCCAGUGGGCGACCCCAUGGACCUCAAGAUGGUGGAGUCUACUGGCUGGGUCUUGGAAGAGGAGCCAGCUGCCGACGGAGCACUUGGGACUCAGGUGUUGGCAGUGAUGAGACCCCCGCCAUGGGAGCCCCAGACGCAAGGAACGGAGCCCCAGGUGCCACUCAGCAUCCUUGGCCGCUUCCCCUUCUCCUCCACCCUCCAGCGAAUGAGUGUGGUGGUGGCGUGGCCCGGGGCCACUCAGCCUGAGACCUAUGUCAAGGGCUCCCCAGAGCUGGUGGCCAGCCGCUGCAUCCCCCACACAGUGCCCAGCGACUUCACCCAGACGCUGCAGAGCUACACAGCGGCCGGCUACCGCGUGGUGGCCCUGGCCUGCAAGCCGCUGCCCAUCGCUCCCAACCUGGAGGCCGUGCAGCAGCUCUCAAGGGACACCGUGGAGCAGGACCUGAGCUUCCUGGGGCUGCUUGUCAUGCGGAAUCUGCUGAAACCACAGACAACACCGGUGAUCCAAGCUUUGCGGAGGACGUGCAUCCGUGCCGUCAUGGUGACAGGGGACAAUCUGCAGACAGCGGUCACUGUGGCCCGGGGCUGUGGCAUGGUGGGCCCCCAGGAGCAUCUGGUGAUCAUCCAGGCCACCCACCCUGAGCAGGGGCGACCUGCUUCUCUCCAGUUCCUGCCUGCAGAAUGCCCUGCCACUGUGAACAGGGCAAAGGAUCCUGUGCAGGCUGAGAGCUACACAGUGGAGCCAGACACCCGAUCCCGCCACCUGGCCCUCAGCGGGUCCACCUUUGGCAUCCUUAUGAAGCACUUCCCCAAGCUACUGCCCAAGGUCCUGGUACAGGCCACGGUCUUCGCCCGCAUGGCUCCUGAACAGAAGACAGAGCUUGUGUGUGAACUGCAGAGGCUCCAGUACUGUGUGGGCAUGUGCGGGGAUGGUGCCAAUGACUGCGGGGCCCUGAAGGCUGCUGACGUGGGCAUCUCGCUGUCCCAGGCUGAGGCCUCAGUGGUUUCACCCUUCACCUCAAGCAUGGCCAGUAUCGAGUGUGUGCCCAUGGUCAUCAGGGAAGGCCGCUGCUCUCUCGACACAUCCUUUAGUGUGUUCAAGUACAUGGCCCUCUACAGCCUGACCCAGUUCAUCUCGGUCCUGAUCCUCUACACGAUCAACACCAACCUGGGGGACCUGCAGUUCCUGGCCAUUGACCUGGUCAUCACCACCACAGUGGCCGUGCUCAUGAGCCGCACAGGGCCAGCUCUGGCACUGGGGCGGGCGCGGCCCCCAGGGGCCCUGCUCAGUGUGCCUGUGCUGAGCAGCCUGCUGCUGCAGGUGGCCCUGGUGGCUGGUGUGCAGCUGGGGGGCUACUUCCUGGCCGUAGCCCAGCCCUGGUUUGUGCCUCUGAAUAAGACCGUGCCGGCACCCGACAACCUGCCCAACUAUGAGAACACAGUGGUCUUCUCCCUGUCCAGCUUCCAGUACCUCAUCCUGGCCGCGGCUGUGUCCAAGGGGGCACCCUUCCGCCGGCCACUCUACACCAACGUGCCCUUCCUGGUGGCCCUCGUGCUCUUGGGCUCUGUCCUGGUGGGCCUCAUCCUGGUCCCCGGCCUCCUGCAGGGGCCGCUAGGGCUGACGAACAUCACAGAUACUUGCUUCAAGCUGCUGCUGCUGGGCCUGGUCGCCUGCAACUUUGUGGGGGCCUUCAUGCUGGAGAGUGUGCUGGACCAGUGUCUGCCAGCCUGUCUGCAGCAGCUCCGCCCCAAACGGGCCUCUAAGAAACCCUUCAAACAGCUGGAGCAGGAGCUCGCUGAGCGGCCCUGGCCACCACUGCCCACUGCUGGUGCAGUGAGGUAGCACAGGCUCGUGUGCACCCUGGACACUGGACCUCCCUGCCUCUGAGCCACCAUCUGGACGUCUAGAGGGCCCACUGCUGUCACCUCCUGCCACCCUGGGGUUGGCUGUUGUCAUGCUUCUGCCCUGAGACCACCUGGCCCAGCCUUCCUGCACCCCACCCUGGGGAAGUGCUGAGUACUGCCCCUGAUUCAUGCUGUGUAGAAAAGGCAGCCACCAACUCCACUCAGAACUGCUGUCAACGUAGCAAAUAAAGUCAAGAUAUUUUCCUGGCUCAA